UCCUGAGCGUUCGGUCUGCACCUCAUGUUUUCAUUGGGAAACUGGGAGCAACCAAGUCAGGAGGGAAGGAUCCGACAGAGAGAGCGAGGGAAAGACGGGAGGCAGAGAUUCUUCUGCUUCUUCAUCUGGUUUUGGAUUAAAGAGGAAUUUUUGGGGCCCUAACUUUCAGAUCCUUUUCCCGAUCGUGUGUGAGUACGCCGCUCCUUUGCUGCCAGCCUCUCUCCAGACUUCGCCAUGAUCCGUCCCGCCUCCCUCUCAGCUGGACUCCUCCUCCUCUUGAUUGGCUGCGCCGCUGCAGGACCGGAGCCUGACCUGCAGCCGCGGGCGGUGCGUUCAAGUGCCUGUCAGGAGCACACAAAUCUUCAUGAGCGCCUGGAUGUAGUGGAGAAGAACGUGGAAGACACAGUUGAGAAGUUGGAGGUUGAGCUUGCUUCCCUUCUGGACGCUAUGGAGUCUCCAGAGUGGCGCCCCCUGUUGGACAGAGCAGGAAAGACGACUGUGGACAUCCUGGAGGAUCCAGAGAAGAGAGGCCGGUCCUGAAGGAGGACUCUGAUCCUGCUUUGAACCAGUCAAACCACAUCUUUUGUAGAAAACGUGUUUAACAAAUAUAUUCCGCAUAUCAAACUAAAGUGUUUAUAUUAAAAGAGGAGGCAGCUUUUUGCACAGAG